ACAGGUUCAACACGGCAGGAACACGAAUCCUCUUUUAAUUUCGACUGGAAUAAACUUGGAUUCAAUUUGAAUCCAGCAGAUUAUAUGUAUAUUAUGAAUUGCCGUAGUGGAGAAAACUUCUCACAAGGAAAGCUUGUACCUUACGGAAACAUAGAGAUUAGCCCUUCUGCAUCAAUCUUAAAUUAUGGACAGGGAUUGUUUGAAGGGUUAAAAGCAUAUCGAAAAGAAAAUGGUGAAAUUCUACUGUUUCGGCCAGAUCAAAAUGCUCUACGGAUGCAAAUGGGUGCCAAGAGAUUGUACAUGCCAUCACCAUCUGUCCAGCAAUUUAUUGAUGCUGUAAAACAAAUGGUUCUUGCCAACAAGCACUGGGUGCCUCCCCAUGGAAAAGGGACACUCUACCUUAGACCUUUACUAAUGGGAACUGGAUCAGUUUUUGGCAUUGCACCUGCACCUGAAUAUACUUUUCUGAUAUUUGCUUCUCCUAUUGCCAACCAUUACAAGGGGCAAAGUUCUUUCAACUUGUUUAUCAACGAUGAGGUCCACCGCGCCUGUCCAGGUGGAGGCGGAGACGUGAAGAGUAUCACCAAUUAUGCACCUGUUUUCGAAGCUGUAAAUCAAGCAAAAGCCAAUGGAUACUCUGAUAUUUUAUUCUUAGAUGCAUCAACUGGAAAAUACAUUGAGGAGGUCUCCUCUUGCAAUAUAUUCAUUGUCAAGGGAAAUGUUAUUUCAACCCCAACAUUGAAAGGGACUAUUCUACCUGGAAUCACAAGAAAAAGCGUCCUAGAAAUUGCUCUUGAUUUGGGUUAUCAGGUGAAGGAAUGUGACAUUUCUGUGGAGGAAUUAAUGGAUGCUGAAGAAGUAUUUACCAGUGGAACUGCUGUGAUUAUCACUCCAGUUAGUAGUGUCACCUAUAAUGAGAAAAAGGUUGAGUAUAAAAGAGGAGAAGAUACAGUCUCUUAUAAACUACGCAUUUUGCUUACUGGGAUUCAAACAGGCAUUCUUGAAGACAAUAAGGGAUGGACCCUCCCAGUUGAUUAA